UUUGAGUCAAUAAUAUCAGCAAAAGCCACGUGCAAUCUUACUUCCAAUUGUCUUAUCACGUGUUGUAAUGUAGCUCUGUUAUCGAUCUAAUUUGAAUCCGUAUAAAAAAAUGAAUUUAUAGCUCAUUUUUAGCUCAAUUUUUAUAGCUUAUGAACAUUAUGAGGUGUUUUGUCAGGAAAAUUCUUCGAGGAAAGUGAAAGUGAAUGAUAAGAGUCUGAUCUCACUAUUACCAUUGUUCACAUCUUUGAGUGAUAUAAUAUAUUCAAGUUUUCUCAAAUUAACAAUCAACAAUGACAAGCUCAGCAGGAUAUUACAACACAGCUGUAAAUAAUCAAAUGACACCUGACUUCUCCUAUCAAUCCAUGGAUUCAUACUGGAACAAUCAUCCUUACAAUCAGCUGUUCAAUCAAUAUUACUCAUCUUUCAAUCAAGGUCAAAGUCAAUCAGCACCUAACAAGUACAAUCAAGAAAGUUACCAACAACCAACAUAUCCCAUGAAACCAAACCAUCAGAUUGAAAAUUUUCCUAUUGAUUUAGAGGUGAAAAGAAAGUACAGUAUGCAAAAUUCUGGAGACUCUAUGGUGGGGGAUGUAAUAGGCCCAAACAAAAAAGAGUUUGGAAAUCAGUUUGUACAGAGGCAUCAGGGAGAUUACUUCAGUGCGGGGAAAUCUAUGAGUAAUCAGCAUAAAGUUUAUGAUGAUCCAAACACGGACAAUCUGUUUAUGAAUCAUGAACCAUCCCAUCCCUUGGACUACAAAAAACAAUAUGUUGACAACUCACAGACACCUACGAACUUUGCAUAUCACCACCAACCUCAAACCAACAACAUCUACCGCAACCAAUCUAGUCAAGAUUCCGGAGAUAAUGUCCUCGCAGCCUCAGACAACUCUUCACUGACCUGCUACCCCAUCCAACGAGGGCAAUCAAGUCCAUGUCACUAUCAGGCCGCCUUCACUGCUGAAACUAACAACAACGGGUUGCCGGAUCUGGUGGAAAACCUCACAAGUCCAACUGUGAAUCAGCCGCUGUGCGAAUCACCGCCGGACCAGAACGAGAGUGAUCAGAUCCAAAUCUAUCCGUGGAUGACUUCUAUUUUCAAAGAACCGCCAAGUGGAUUAGGCAAGAGAAUGCGGCAAACCUACUCGCGGUCGCAGACUCUGGAGCUCGAGAAAGAGUUUCAUUUCAACAAGUACCUGUCAAUCAAGCGACGCCGCGAGAUUUCGAGCGCUCUCGGCCUCACCGAAAAGCAGAUCAAAAUCUGGUUUCAAAACCGACGCAUGAAACUAAAGAAAGAGAUCGCCCAUCACCAAAUCCCACUCAAACUGAUUGACAAAGAAAUGGCAGUCAGGCGAUUGGUGGACAAUGAUGAGCAUGUUAUCACAAAUGAUUCUGUAUCGCCCUUAAAAAUGUCUGAUCCUUGGGCGGAAGCUGUCCCAAACCACAUGUUAUCGACUUCUAAUUAAUUUUCGGAAAACACUAAAUUCUAC